AGUCCCUUCUCGCGCCGGUCCCCUCUCUCCUCGGGGCCUUGGUACGCCCCAGGGGACAGAUGUCUAGGGAUCUUUAACAUUUGGGAUGCUGCAAAUGCCGAAGUUAAAUGAAAUACCUCCGGGGCGGGAAGGCCAGGGGGAGACUCGGGGAGCGGGAAGACGGCCUGGACAAACAGGUCCUGAAGCUGCGAGGCAGAAACGGGGGGCGCGGGGGCAGGCGGGCGGCGCCAGAACUCCAUGGGACAGCUGGGGAAACUCCAGGCCACCUACGAGUCCUGGCCAAGGUUGGGAACGGUGUCACCCUACCCCAGGCUGCACCCCCCCCUCCCAGAAAUCCACCAUGGAGAGUAAGGAUGAGGUCAGCGACACCGACAGUGGCAUCAUCCUGCAGUCUGGCCCCGACAGCCCGGUGUCCCCAGUGAAGGAGCUGACCCAUGCCGUGCGCAAGCAGCAGAAGGCCCUGGAGGAAAGGCUGGAGGCCUGCCUGGAGGAGCUGAGGAGACUCUGCGUGAGGGAGGCGGAGCUGACGGGCACCUUGCCGGCAGAGUAUCCCCUCAAACCAGGGGAAAAGGCCCCGAAGGUUCGCCGUAGGAUUGGAGCGGCCUACACACUGGACGAGCAGGCCUGGCAAAAGGAGGACCCCCUGAGCAGCCUGGAGCAGCAGAUUGCCUUGCAGCUGAAGAUCACCGAGGCGUUGCGGCAACUGGUCAAGGAGGGGAACCUCAGCAGGCAGGCCCGCCGGCAGCGCAAGCAAGCCCUGCUGCAUGAGGAGAAGAAGCUGCGGGAGCUGCAGCGGUGCCUGGGGGAGCAGCGGCGCAACAGUGGGCCCCUUCCAGCCCCUGCUCUCCACCUGGGCCCAGAGCUCAGUGCCUCCGAUGACAGCUCCCUGUCAGAUGGGCUGCUCCUGGAGGAAGAGGAAUGCCAAGGGCCAAAACCUUCCCCAGAGUCCCUGGCUCUGCCUUCCCGGCCUCUCCCACCUCAGAGCCUUGAAGGGCUGCAGCCAGCGGGACCUGAGACUGGGGGCCUGGACCGUGCCCCCAUCCAGAACAGCCCCUGGAAGGAGACCAGCCUGGAUCACCCCUAUGAGAAGCCCAGGAAGUCUUCUGAACCUAAUAGCGAGUCCAGCAGCCCGGCUACCACCCCCCAGGACGGACCCUGCACCUCCAGCCUGUGGCUUGUGGAGCCUCCCGCCUACCAAAUGGUUCCUGUCCGCAGUGUUCCCAGCCAGCGGCAGGGCCGGACCAGUGCCCCGGCCACCCCCGAGAUGCAAGGGAGGAGGGGCCAGUCACAAUCCCUGAGGAUGGAGUCCUUCCGGGCUGCACCCGAGGGCCGAGGUCGCAGCGCCUUUCCGCGACGCCGGCCCACCCACUACACGGUGACGGUGCCCUCCUCCUGCUUCCCCCCGACUCAGCCCCCGCUGCCGCACCCCGCCUACCACUCCUGCUCGGAGGACAGCGGCUCCGACGUCUCCAGCAUCUCCCACCCCACCUCGCCGGGCAGCAGCAGCCCCGACAUCUCCUUCCUGCGACCUCUGUCGCCCCCGCAGCUGCCGCGCCAUCGCGGGGCCUGGGGCGCGGUCCCCCAACACCCCCAGCUGCUGCUGCCCCCCGGGUACCUCCCGGCCGGGCGCUACGUGAUGGUAGCCGAGGGCCUCCUGCCGUCGGGCGAGUGGGAGCUGUGCCGCGCGGCGCUGGCCCCGGCCUACGACGACGACGAGGGGGCGGCCCUGCGCUUCCAGCGCCUGGUGCCCUCGCACAGCCGCGUGGUGCGGACGCCCUCGCUGAAGGACAGCCCGGCCGGCCGCGGGCUCAGCAAGGCCGCGGUCUCCGAGGAGCUCAAGUCCUGGCACGAGCGCGCCCGCCUCCGCAGCGCCCGGCCCCACUCGCUGGACCGCCAAGGGGCCUUCCGCGUCCGGAGCCUGCCCCCCGGGAGAGACGGCUUCGCGCGAGCCCUGGGGCCGCGGACACAGGUACCUACAGUGUGUGUGCUGCGGAGAUCUCCCGAGGGGGCCCCUGUGCAGGUCUUUGUACCUGAGAAUGGCGAGAUCAUCAGCCAGGUGUAACCCAGGCCAGGGUCACCUGUGCCCCAAGUGCCUCGGCCCGGCUACCAGGAAGGACUGUCUCAGCGGGGCUGGGGCUGACACCUGCCCCCAAGUGCCUUCUUCAGCUCCCUUCCCCCAUCGCAGGUCGAUGACCUGGAGCUGAAUUUUUUUUAUUACCAGUUUUUAUUUGGAAGUCCUGGACUGAGGAUUUAUAUUUGUGAUUUGUCCUCAAGAUCCCUGUAAUAUGAUAAUUUUUUUUGCCCAGAGACUGGCCUACUGGACUUGAGGGCUGGCCUGCCUGACAGCAUUUGUCUCCUUAUGCAAGACAAGUGGGCUGGGGUGCGCGAAGCAGGGAGCCCACACAGGAUUCCUUAAAUGCUCCCGUCCCUGGUUCCAAGAACUUCCCUGGAGGACAGUUUCUGGCCCUCCCGGCCCGUUGCGCAUACAUAUCACUCCUGUGUCCCAGGUCUCUGGGUGGUGUAGGGUGCCCCCUCUGGGGGAGAAUCUCCUCACUUGUUAUAAUGUGCUCUGUGAUGCACACACCAAGUGGAAGGUUAAAGGUCAGUAUGCCCUGGUGGAAGUCUUCCUGGCCCUAUAAAUCCUCUGUAGGGGCCCCCAGUCACUAUUCCCUCCCUCUGCCCUAUGGGCUCCCAGCAUCCACUCAGACCUCUGAACCUAGAGUUCGAGGCCCCCCCCCCCAAGAUUUUGACUCAGGAGGCCCAGGGAUGGGGCCUGGUGUUGGUUGGAGAGCAGCUCCCCCUGGGACCAUCUUCUCUGGGCCUCAUGGAGGCUUGAAGUUCCUUCACUCUGACCAAUACUUUAGUCAUAUUUUUGGAUUGGCACCACUUUUGUGGCAUGUUGUCUGGGGGGACGCUUUUGCUCUGAGAUGUGGGUUUCCAUGAAGGGGUUGCAUCUGUGUCUGUGCAGACACAACUCCUAAGGGCGCUCGUCAGCUGUCCCAGCCAUGUGGACGUGAGUGGUCUGGAAGCAGCUUGCGCUGUGACCACUGGCAGCCCCAGCUUCUCGUCCCAGGCCCUUGUUGCUGCCCGAUCCCUGCUUCAGAGAGAAGGCUGCUGAGUGGGGGCUUGGAGGGUUGGGGAGAGCUGGAGUCUCGUUUCCCCCUCCCAGCGCCCCUGGCUUGGACACUGACUGUGAGUGUAGCUUCGGGCUCCAGUCAUUUGGAUGCCCCCAGAGGGGUGGCUCUCCCAGCUGGACAGAAAGCCAUGUGACCAGCUACAUAAGGGGGCCAAGGGAGAGACCAGGGUGGUCCACCAGAGGACUUGGAGGGAGGAGAGGGAAGCCCAAGGGGAAGCACCUGCAUUUCUCUACAGGGCUCUUACCACAUCCUGUAGUCCCCCACUGUUUGGGUCGACCCUGCCCCCCUCAUGUUUGAAUGGCCUAUUUUUGAUGAUUUUCUUCUCCCCCCUUGUCUCUGAGCCCAUUCCCCAGCAUCCUCCCAGCAGCCCAGAGCCUUCGGGCUGAGCCAGGAGGCACCUGAGCACCCCCACACCCCAGGGUCCUGUAUAUUAACUUAUUGGGCCUGUGCAAAGCCCGUGUAGUGGGUGUGUACUUGGCCGUGGGGCCAGGACUGGGUGGGUUUUAGUGCCAAAUGCUUCAAUAAAGUCUGUCCUUUGUGAUUGGUCA